AUGCAGCAACUGCAGCAACCGGCAUUUACGGCUUCACCGCUUACUGGCAGAAAGCGACUCGGUCCAGCACCUCCUAUCGACUUAUUUAAAAAAACCAACUCUAUCGGGUCAUUGAUUGAUGUAAGCCUACAAACACCCGAAGUUCCUCGCAGAAUCAAUGUAGAUAGCAUUUCAAAGGACUCCAAGAUUAAAUUCUGUGCAGAAGAUCUGGUUACAGAUAUUGUGCUUGGUUCAGGCAGUGGAGGUGUAGUAAGCAAAGUCAAGCAUAUUCCAACAGGAAUGUUGAUGGCUCGCAAAGUGAUCAAAAUGAGUGUGUUUGAGCAAUGCGGACAAGAUAAACUUGAAAAACAAAUUCUUCGUGAGCUCCGUAUUCUUCGUCUAUGUAGAUCACCACGGGUUGUAACCUUUUAUGGAGCAUUUUUGGACCAAGGUGAUAUCAAUAUCAUGAUGGAAUACAUGGACAUGGGCACACUCGAAAGAGUGUAUCGAAAAACAGGAGUGCUUUCCGAACCUAUAAUUGCACAAGUCACACUGCGUAUUCUUGAAGGUUUAAUCUAUUUAUACGAAAACCACAAGAUUGUGCAUCGGGAUAUUAAACCAAGCAAUAUACUGGUCAACUCAAAUGGGGAUAUCAAGAUUGCUGAUUUUGGUGUAAGCAAAGAGUUGUCGAAUGGGACUCAAGCGGCUACGUUUACCGGAACUCAGGGAUACCUCGCACCGGAACGGGUACGCGAAGGGACAUCAUGCACACCAUCUUCAGACGUAUGGUCACUUGGAUUGACCGUAAUGGAGCUUGCUUUGGGCAGAUUUCCCAUUCCAGCAGAAGCAUUGCCAUCUAUCUUUGAUUUGCUCCAGUAUAUCGAACAGGAGCCUUCGCCCACCUUGCCAGUCGGAGGGUUUUCGCCCGAGCUUUGUGAAUUUACUUCGUUGUGCCUAAUCAAGGAUCCAAGACAGCGACCACAUCCAAAACAGCUAUUGGAAACGGCUUUUUUAAAGCAGGCCGCUAUGGCCGAUCCCAACACUCUUUCGUGUUGGACACAAUCACUGGCUGAUUUGCUAAAGCAAUAA